CUUGAGGGAAAUCACUGGCUGUCUGUUUCUACAGGACCGACCAACCUUCUGGCAAAAACCCACUAUACUACUUGCCAUAUUAGGCCUUUACACACUCACGGAGGCAGCUGUCAUUCCUCUUAAAGUGAUUUUCCAAUGGAUGGCAAUUUAGCUGAAAGAUUGGCGCAGAUACGAGCUGGCAGAGAGAAAUGGAUGCAAGAAAGACAGUUGGAACAGGACCGCAAAGAGGUUGUUGAGAGCCUUCACACCAUGGCCUUUCAAGAUCAAUCCCCCCCUGGAUCUGGAGAAAAGGGGGUCACGAGUUCGAGCUCGGGCCCUCGUCAUCCCCCGCCCGCGGCGGCGAGUCUUUUGGCACCUGAGGAGAUUAUCAAUUCGAUAACGGAGAGGAUAGCUGACAGGAUCAGGGCAGAACUGCAAUGCCAAGUGCAACAGGAGAAACAGAAAGCCGCGGACGGACAAGUUAUGGCUACUAAGAAGCUAGACAGCUAUUUGGCAUCGGAAAUCGAGAGCCACACAUGUCCAAUUUGCUAUGAGCUGAUGGCUCCCCCAAGGCACUCCCCCAUACUUUUGUUUCCUUGUGGCCACUCGUUUUGCGCGCAAUGCAUCGCAGUUCACACGAAAACAAAUCAGAAGAAGACAUGCCCGUACUGUCGCUGCAAGAUAGAGUCUCAAGCAACAAACGUUGCCCUGCAGCAGCUGAUCCAGAACUUUGUGACGAAGAAAAACACGCUUGGAAGUGACGGCUCGGCAUCUCGUCGAGAAGGAGGUACUGAGGGGGAAAGGGGGGGGACUAAAAGCGGACUCGGAAUCGAACGCCGUCGUGAUGACCUCUUAAGGAGGAGGGGGGGGGUGCAAUCAUCCUGGUCGGCAUCGGGGCCCACAACAGUCAUAGGGGGGGUCAACGAUUUCAAUUCCGUGCAUCGCCGGCAAGAGGAUGAGGCGGGGGGAACCCGGGAAAGGGAUGAAGAGCUAGAAGGGGAAUGCGAGAGAUUCACUCGCGAGUUACAAAAAGUCGAAACAAGGUGCAUUGUGUUGCAGAAUGAACUGCAUGACACGAUAGCAGAUAAAGCGGCAGCGGUCAACGCCCUGCACAUAGCGGAGCUCGUGCUCGACCACCUCAGGUCGGAAGAAGUGGAGUCGGCCAGUAAAGUCAAAAGGAUGCUCCUGGAGAUGGAAGUAAUACGGACCCAGGUCGACGAACAAGAGAAGAAACACGCACUGCUCUCGCAGACGCUGAAAGAUAUCGACACAAAAGUCGACUUGAUUUGCAGGGCAUUGCAACCGCUGACAAAUGAGCGCAACAAAUUGGAAUUACUUCUUCAAAGCAGCAACACUAAGCUCUCCUCCGUUCCAUGCGAUUGAGUGAGCAGUGAGCACCAUACAUAAUAAUUUAACGCUGCAUUACCUUAUUGAAUGUAUUUCACUCAUUACUAUUCUUCUGGGUAAUAUACUAAUAAACUUAAAUAAAUAUAAUAUAAUGUGGGUCAUUGUGCGACAGUUAUACGCCAAGACAUGUUCUCCCUGAAUUAAAAAAAAUAAUAAUAAUAAAAAAAUAAAAAUAAAAAAAAAUUUGACAACCCAGGCAGAGCAGUCCGUAAACUACAAACCGGAGUGAAAAAAGAGAAAAAAGAAAUGAGCAGUCCAUCAUGAUAAAUCAUAAUUGUUUUC